AUGGCGGGAACAUCAUCCUCUAUCUCCCACGGCUGGAGGAGCAUUCUUGCUGGACGGGAGCUUCUUAUGAAAAACUUGGGCUGGAUUGUGGGGGACGGCCAAUGUAUCAACGUCUGGGAUGACCCAUGGCUGAGUCUCAGCAAACAAGAGAGACCAAUGGGACCACCAACGGAAGCCAGCGCCACACUUUCAGUCUCAGACUUGUUACUACCAGGGACGAGUGAGUGGGAUGUUGAACGCAUUCGCCUCGUUCUACCUGAGUAUGAAACUAAGAUUCGCAGCAUCACUCUCAGCAUAACGAGGACUCCCGACAAACUCGUCUGGCUAGGGACUAAAGAUGGAAUUUACACUGCAAAGUCAGAAUAUUAUGCAGUGUCCGUUGAACUGGAAAAUGGAAACCCGCAGGAUGCAGACUUCGAUUGGAAGAAGAACGUUUGGAACCUUGACUGCGCCCCAAAAGUUAAACAUUUUGCAUGGAAGCUUCUAAAGAGAGCAAUACCUGUGGGAGAGCGCCUGCAAGAGAGACACCUAGACGUUGAUCCAAAGUGUAAGAGGUGCGAGCACAAUGAAUCUAUUCUUCAUCUUCUCUUCCACUGUCAGUACGCACAGGAGGUGUGGCAGCUAGCACCCUUCACUACUGAAAUGGAAUACAGAGGAAUAAUAGAUUUAAUGUCAAGUUGGCCUUCAAUAUGUGCACAAAAAUGCUUACCUCCUUCUGGUGUUACUUCUGGAGCGUUAUUUCCUUGGAUCCUGUGGUCAAUUUGGAAAUCUAGAAACCGGUUUGUGUUUGAAGGAGUCUUCAUCUCCCCUAAGGAAACUCUCUCCACCGCUAUUAAGCUCGCCCGCGAAUGGUGCUCGGACAGUAAGGCUCAUCCAACUCGCCCAAGCGCUCGGAUCAACAAACAGAUGGCACAAGGAGAAACCAGCGUAACGGCGGUGCGCUCAGAUGCUGCGUGGAUGGCCUCUUCAAACUUAGCAGGGUUAGGCUGGACGAUACUGUCUGAGAGUGGUCAUGAGUACAAGAAGCGUGCAGAGUUCAUACCUUCUCCGCUGGUAGCGGAAGGACUUGCGAUGAGAGAAGCCAUACAAUCAUGCCGCCGGAGUGAUCUACAAGACAUCAGACUGGAGUCGGAUUCGGCGCAGCUUAUCCAGUGUGUUAACUCGAGGACGGUGGUUACAGAGCUUCAUAGCAUUGUGUCGGAUAUUUUAGCUUUUGCAUCUGAUUUCCGUUCAGUCUCAUUUCUUUGGAUUCCCCGAGAAAAAAACAUGGCUGCUGAUAGCUUAGCCAAGAUGGCCUUAAAUGCGUUAGACAAUGUUUUGGUUGUGGAUGCUAUUAAUGCUCCCAACUAA